AGAGAGUUGAAACCUAAUAGCGGAAGUCCCGCCCAGCCUGGGUGAAACUUCCGGCUCCAAUUCCUUGGGUCUUAUGCUGACGCAGGGGAGCUAGCGGCGCCGGGAUGGUGCUGCUGGAGAGCGAGCAGUUCCUGACGGAGCUAACCAGACUCUUCCAGAAGUGCCGGUUGUCGGGCAGCGUGUUCAUCACCUUGAAGAAGUAUGACGGUCGAACGAAACCCAUUCCAAGGAAAGGUUCUGUGGAGGGCUUUGAGCCCUCCGACAACAAGUGUCUGUUAAGAGCUACUGAUGGGAAAAAGAAGAUCAGCACCGUGGUGAGCUCCAAAGAAGUGAACAAGUUCCAGAUGGCUUACUCCAACCUACUGAGAGCUAACAUGGAUGGGCUGAAGAAGAGGGACAAAAAGAGCAAGAGUAAGAAGAGCAAAGCAGCGCAGUGAAGGGCACCAGGUUUCCUGCUUUCGCCAACUAACCGCCGAACUACUAGUUUUCCUUCGGUUUUUACUUUGGGCCGCAGAGCUAGGUUUCUGGUUCCCCUGUCGUAACUUUUCCUGGGAGAUUAGGG